GAAAAUAGUGGCAAUUAUGUGUAUUUGUGUACACCUAAUUAAUAAAAAGAAACAAAUAAAAGAAAAACGAACAUUGAAGAAGCGAAGUGUUUGGGUGCUAGAUUGGCUUCAGAGGAGAAGUACUGACGGCGCGUAUGCAAAAACUCUGCGCGAGUUUCGUGAAGUGAACAAUCAAAAAUAUUUGUUUAAAAAUUAUCUUCGCAUGAACGAAGCCACUUUUAAUUAUAUUCUUGAAUUAGUCUCUCCAAACAUAAAAAAAAGUGACACCAAUAUGCGCAAAGCAAUACCAGCCAAUGAACGUUUGGCGGUUACACUUCGCUUCCUUGCCUCUGGAGACAGCUUCAAAAGUUUAUCUGUUGACUUUCGCAUUGCGCCGAAUACAAUAUCUAUAUUUGUGCCGGAGGUUUGCGAUGCAAUUUAUAAAGUUUUGAAAAAUGAAUAUUUAAAGGUUCCAAACAACGAACAGAUGUGGAUUGACAUUGCCCAAAAAUUUAGUGAUAAAUGGAAUUUUCCCCAUUGUAUAGGCGCAGUUGACGGGAAACACAUUGUGAUGAAGGCUCCGCCGCGGUCUGGAAGUACCUUUUAUAAUUAUAAAGGUACUAAUAGUAUUGUACUUAUGGCCAUUGCGGAUGCGGACUACCGAUUUAUAUAUAUUGAUGUCGGGUGCAAUGGCAGAGUUUCGGACGGCGGCGUUUUUGGAAAGUCCACAUUUCAGAAAGCUUUGGACAAUAACACACUGAGAUUGCCUUUACCACAACCAUUGCUAAAUCGUGCUCGUGAUUGUCCAUACUUAUUAGUGGCGGAUGAUGCAUUCCGCAUGCAAAAGCACAUUUUAAAACCAUACCCUGGUAGAAAUUUAACUGCCGGUCAACGCAUAUUCAAUUACCGAUUGUCACGUGCUAGGCGCGUUGUCGAAAAUGCAUUUGGCAUUAUGGCAAAGCGGUUUCAAAUUCUAUAUCGACCAAUUCAACUGAAUGAGCAUAAAACGACUCAAAUAACACUGGCCUGCUGUGCCUUGCAUAAUUUUUUAAUUAAAAAAAAUGCCAGUUAUAUGGAAGGUUUAACUACAGAUAGGAGUGAUCAACAAGACAAUUCAGUUCAUGAGCAAGGUACUCAAAAUUGCCAACAAGGAGCAGAGGAACGUCCAACGACAUUCAUAACCAAUGAAGCCAAAGAAAUUCGUGAGGAGUUCGAACAAUAUUUUAUGACAGCCGCUGGAGAAAUACCAUUUCAAUAUAGAUGUUUAUGUUAAAUAAAAUUAAUGAUUUAAAUAUGUCUGUAACUUUAUUAAUAUAGAAGAAAAAACAAUUCAAUGAAAUAUCAAUCGUCAUUUAAUUCUGAAAGCGCAUCUAUAGUGCACUUCAUA